AGAACCACCAGUGAGGGCAUACGGUGGCGAUCUCACUCCCACUCCCCGCCUUUUACCAAAAGGCGAAAUUUCCCCGUCUGUAUUUUCUGCCUCACGCUCGUCUUGUUUCUCCCUUUCUCCUCCCAACUCUCUCGUCUUGUUUCUUCUCUCCACGGCCUCCUCUCCGCCCCCGGCGGCGUUGGCGGCUGCAGGGCGGAGCGGAGCAACGCGACGGAUGCGUUGAGGGCAUUGCCGGCCCACGAGAGCUUUGCCAACAUGAUUGAUCAAGCUCUCAGGAAGGAAUUCCCCGAAAGCGAGCAGACCGAUGGAGAAACUGAUCCUGGUGGCUUCUACGAAAAGUGUUGCCAAGGAACACUUCUAGAAACCGUAGCUAGAGUUUCAUCGAAGAAAAAUGACACCAAAGAGAAGUUGUUUCAGUUUCAUGAUGUUUUCAAUUUAGACAAUGAGAAUCUGGCUGAAGAUGCCCCUACCUUGAUAGACUGGAAGGUAAAAAUAUCCUGUACGGCAGUGAGACUUGAGGUAUGUUUUAUUUAUCCAAGGUUUGGGUGCCAUUCCAGUGCUAUACUGGCCUAGCAAUGGCUUGAUAUGCAUCAUGCUGUGAAACCAUUCUAGUGCUUGGCAUGCAUCAUGGGCACACACUGGCAGCAAUGCGUUGUCAUGCAACUGCACCAAUGUGUUGUUAGUCCUAAGCUGGCACCAUACGUGCUGAGUUGUGCUGAUCCUUGUCUUUAAUUUAGAAGGAUUGUUGCAUAAAAAUGCUUUCUUGUAGUACAUUGAUGGAUAUGUCAUUUUGUAUUACAAUUCCUGUAUCUGCAAUUCGGACCUGAUUCUAUGUGUUAUUUCUUCAGACUAAUGAACUUUACCAACUAGCAUCAGUUUCA